AUGUCUUUACCUCCAGAGCUUCACAAUGGCCGCCUUUACAAUCGGCGGCCCAUUGUACGAGCGUUGAUUUUGGUCGCUGUUGGGACGACUGUGAUUUAUAGUUUUUGUUGCAUCUUGACUAGACCGUUAUCCUCCAAACAGGUUCACUCUAGAUUCUCAUCCCUAGUGGUGUUCGGCGAUUCAUACUCGGACAACGGCCACAAUGCCUCAGACCCUUUUAGAAAUCCAAUCUAUGCGGGACUCGGCAAUGCUUCCACCGGUAUCCUAUGGCCGAAUCUUCUCAGGAAGAAAUUGUCUGCUGACACUGAGGUCCAACUGUACGACUAUGCAUAUAAUGGUGCACAUGCAAACGAGAAACUUACGGAUCUUGGGCAGCAUAUCCCUGAUACUCGCACGCAAAAGAGCUAUUAUAUUUCGGAUCUAGCAUCUGGCAAAGUUAGCCAUAAGGGUCAAGAAGUCCUCUACGUGUUAUGGGUAGGCAUCAACCCACUGGACGCGAUUUGGAUUGAUGCGUGCGACCCUGAUCGUAAUAACGGCACAGGUGCCCAGUACCCCAGCGAUCCACCCUUUUUAAACGCUACUACAAGGGUACAGAGACAGAUAGAGGAAGUAUAUUAUCAAAUUGCCGAUCUUCGUAAUGCUACCGCUGCGAACGACUUUCUGAUUGUCGGCGUACCCAACAUUACCAUCGCACCACUACAGCGCGGCUUUGCACGAGAUUGGGCAAAAUGCGAUACGAAGAAGGGGGAGAAUGUUUUGAAAUUGCUAGGACUCCUCAUUGAACAAUACAACAGCGGUCUUAUUUCAAAAUUUUCACAAAUUCAAAGUAACAAUGAUGCAAUCGGUGGAUUUAUGAAAGUAUAUGAUGUGUCAAAAAUUUGGAAUUCAGUAAUCCAAAGUCCUCAAAAGUACGGGAUUGAAAAUGUCUCUGAUGUGUGUUACAAUAAUAACACUCCAUGCUCGGAUAUUGACAAAUAUUUCUUCUGGGACUACCUUCAUCCAACUCCAACAGUUGAAAAAAUCAUUGCUCAAGAUAUGUUCGAAUUCAUCGAAAACCAACCCUCCCAAAAUCAUGAUGAACAUUACAUCAUCAUGUCUGAUCAACUGCUCAAAUCUGCUACUACUAACCAGAUCAUCUUAACUUGA